GCUCUUGCCCCCCCCCCUCGUACCCGUCUUUCCCAUUCCUCCUCCGUUGCUCGAACCGCACACGCCCCCGCACCCACACCAUGCCCCCCCGCCGGAAGCGUAACGCCAAGAAUUCGGCCGCCAGCUACGACGAGAUGUACCCCCCAUCGGGCGAUCCGGCCCUCGAGGCGCCGGAGGCCGCCGACCCCGGGCCCGGCUCCGCCGCCGCCGAUGCCCCUCCCGCUGAUGCUCCAGCGGCCGACAGCCCCGCCGCCGCGGUCGCCGACCCGGAAGCCGCACGCCGGGAGCUGGAGACCGCACACCGGGCCCAAGCCCGGGUGUUCCGCAUGGAUCUGCAGAAGAAGAAGAAGGAGGCCACUGCCAAGGGCAAGGAUGCGGCCAAGGCCUGGCGCUCGGAAGAGCAGCGCCUGGAGAAGGAGUUCCUGGACCAGCAGGCCCAGGAGAUGCGCCUCCUGGAGGAGCGUCUAGCCGCCAUGUCGGCCCUGCGCACGGCCGAGGCCGCCGAGGAGCCCGGGUCGUCGACCACUCGUGCGCAGCGGCGCCGCGACAAGAAGUCCGCCGAGGAGCAGGCCCGCUAUGAGCAGGGCGUGGCCGAGGCUGCCCUUCUGCCGGACCUCAAGGCCGCUGAAGAUGCCCUGCUGCUGCCCCUGCUGUCACAGGCUGGUCUUUCGCUUUUCGAGAUCCGUCCCGAUGGGCACUGCCUCUUCAACGCUGUGGAUCAUCAGUACAGCCAUGUCUUCGGCCAGACCCUCCGCGGCCCGAAUCACUGGCGGCGCUUCGCUUGUGACUGGAUGCGCCAGCACCGCGACCACUUCCAGCAUUUCGCCAUGAAUGAGGACGGCGAGGUCACUGACUUUGAUGAAUACCUGGAGACCAUGGAGCACACCGCUGUUUGGGGUGGCCACCCGGAGCUCUUCGCCCUGGCCAGCGCCACCGGCACGCCGAUCCACGUUUUCCAAGCCCCCUCCAAGGUGGCCACCUUUGGCGACUUGUCCGGGUCGAAGCUGCUCGAGGCGGCCGCCGAGGCUGGCGCCCUGGUGGUUAUCAGCCCGGAUGAGGGGGUCCCGCGCUCCGGCAAGCCGGCCCUGAGUCUGGUGUACCAGCGCCACACGCUCGGCCUUGGUGAGCAUUACAAUUCCACCCUUCCGAGCGCGCCGCAGUAGCCGGGGCCGGCCGGGCGCGUGCGUGUGUGUGUGUGUGUGU